AUGACAAGGACCAAAUUCCUGUGCCAGACGACGAUGUGUCCGAUCAAGAACGAAGACGGGGACACGUGCAUGUUCAUCGUCAACUUCCAAGACCUAACGGAGAAGCCGGAAGACGAGGAGGAGGAGGCAUCGACGCCCACGGACAACACCAUUCAGUCUAGAUUCAACCGAGCGAGGGCCUCCUUCAGACAGUCGUUCAAGAUGGGUUCACUGCGUCGCGGAAGGUCCCCAGCCUCCACCUCUCCAGGGUCUCGCAUGGAGCCGAUCUUGGACCACCCUGCGGAGGAACCCCAGGAGGAGGACCAGGACGAGGACCAGAGCCACAGUGGGAGAGAACCGGACGACAGCGACCAGAACGACCCGCUGCUGGCCACGCCCCUCCUCAGCGCCUCAGAGGGGGGCGCCGAAGGGAAGGGGGCACAGACUACGGGUUCCUCGCCUCCUCCUGCCCCCUCGCACGACUCGGCUCUCGCUGUUCCUGUCAAGACUCCUGCCGAAGCUGCCUCUCUUCCCGCCGCGGGCGUCUCCGGCACUCCCGUCCCGCCGGCGGCCACAGCCUCGGGCAAUAAGCCCACCCCCGAUGCCCUCCAAGUGAGUCGUCCCUCCAUCCAGGCCUUCCUCGAAGACAGGAAGACGUCCUUGCCCAUAUGGAGAAGGAAGGACUCCGCAGCUUCAAGGAAGGACUCUGUUGCAACUACUACCUCAAAGGCGUCUGACCGGCUGGGCUCCUUCGCCGAGGAGUCCGGUAGAAGUCGCGCGUCCAUGCGGCCUGCGACUUCCCUGGACGCCAUCAGCCACCACCGCGUCAACGCCACCGGCAGGGAGUUCCCCUCUCGCUCUGCCACCAUAUCUACUACCGCCCGUAACCACGUCACGAAGCCCUUCCCGAACGCCUCCUCGGAAUCGGAUUUGUCUCGCUACCGGACGAGGCUGAAGGACCGCAAGAGCCCGUCGCUGAGCAACCUCACCGCCGAGGGAAUGAAGCACAAGUUUUCGUUCCAAGACCCUAACGCAGCAAAGGGUCUUUUCCCUAACUCAAAGGGACAUCAGAAGAUCGACAAGGUUGCGCACGUGGGACAGGUGGUGAGUUGUUGUUCCCUUCGAGGUAUACUGAACAUACAGUUAAGAAGAGAUUGUAAGUAUGAACAUUUCCGCAUCUAUUUGGCCUAAAGAAAAUACACAGCAACCAAUCUUUGUGAAAAAAAAAUACAUAUAUUUGAUAAGAAAAAGGUAAAAAAACAAAAACAAAAAAACGGUGUAUAUAGGGCAGGACAGUU